AUGUCGCCAGCAACCGUUUCAACCAGCAAGUUAAAGUCAUCCUUGUUUGGUUCAUCGUCGUCCUCUCAAAAUAAUCAUCAUGUAUCGGAAUCAUCAAAAUCAAAUAAUCCAGUAUCACCAUCGUAUCGGGAUCGAACAAUUAGUGAACAGGAAGAUGAUUUACAAGAAUCGGAAUUUGAUCAAGUUGCAAUGGAGAUGGGAAAAUCAAGUCAGGCGUUAAAACAAAUUGCUGGAGAAAUGCGUGAUGAAGUUACGUCACAGGUUUCUUCCUGA